AUGUUCUCCUUUGUCAACCGAACAGUGUUCGAUCUACCAUUAACUUGGGAUCGAACUCGUUUUGAAGCUAUACGUGCUAAAUAUCGACAAGCUCGAAAGUUAAUUGAAAGCAGUGUUAAUGUACAAUAUGAAAAACAAUUAAAAUAUAUCCAUCUACAAAAUCUUGAUAUUGAAAAAACUAUAAUUGAAACAAAUGAACAUUUACUUAAACAUGAAAAAAAAGUUCAUAUAUUUGAUAGUUUAACUGAAAUAGCUUCACAAUCAUUACCAAAUUAUUUUGAUAAACGUAUGGAACAUGUUCGUACCAUUAUACAAGAACAUUGUAGUGCUAUUCAAAAAAUUCUUCAUGAAGAAAAUGAAUAUUGGAAAGAAAUUCAUUCUGCUAUUGAUCAAAAUUUGAUUACUUCCAAUGAUAUUCAUCCAUGCAUACAAAAUAUAUCGAUAAUAAAUGAAGAACAAAAUACUUUAGAAAUACUUAAUGAUCAACCACAAACAUUCAUCAAUAUUGAUCAUCCUUCAUCAACUGAAAAUCCAAGAUCAACUAAACAAGAACGUAUUAGUAUUAACUUAAAUCCAAUUCAAUAUAAUCAAAUUUCUUCAUCUAUUAAUAAAACAUAUGUUAUUAAACUUGAAGAAACACCAAACACUGAAACAAAUGAAUUGUUACCAAUUGAAACAUCUUCACAUAUACCUUCCGCAGAAAUUAAUGCAUCACCAAUGUAUUCUCAACCUAAUCUUCCAGCACGACUUUGUUUUUCUCCAACACUUCUUCAAGAUGAAGAAUCUGAAUCAAUUAAAAAUGUACUUUCACCACUUGAUCAAAAUCAAACUAUUAAUUUAGUCAAACCAAAAGUAAUACUUCAUCGAGUUCAUGAAACAUUUUUAAUUGAUUAUCUUAAAAAAGAAGAAACUAAUGAUGUUCAUCUUCGACCAAAACGUACUGAUUCAAUUCAACGAGAAUCCAUUAUUCAUCAACAAAAUUCUUUUACUCUUACAGAACCAAUAUCUAAACAUCGAGCACAUUCUACAAUACAAAAUGAAUCAGAGUCAAUUGACAUAACAAAAAAUAUAAAACAAACUCGAAAACGAAAACAAUCAGCAUCAGAAGAUAAUGAUACAAAAUCUAGUACGAUUGUUUUGCGUAAAAGAAAACCUAUUUCAUUUGUUGAAAUUGAAGAAAAAAUCCCAAAAAGAAAAGUAGCAAAUAAACGAAAAACUAAGAAAAAAAAUGGUAUAUUUUAUUUUCUACAACAAAUUAUAUUUGAUCAUAAUUUUUAUUUAGAAAAUGAAAUACCAAUUCGAGAACCAUCACCUUUACCUAUCAUAGAUCGAACAAUACAUUAUAGCAGUCAGUUCUUCACACGUACGCUAUGA